AUUGUCAUAGACGGUAAUGAUUCAUCAGAAGAGAAUAGGAAUUCGAAAAGGCAAGAAAGAAGAGUUCAUUGAUCCCAUAGUGGUAGUGCACUUUGCUCGUUCGCAGGACCACUUCACUUCGCAAAGAUGAAUUUCAGCCAGAACUUCACGCUGGCGCCAGAACCCACGGGAUACGAGUGCGGCGCGCGCUUAGAAUCCUUCUACAAUUGGUAUGCUCAAGUGCAUGGCUGGGCUAGUCUAUUGGUAUGCAUAUUCGGCUCGAUCGCCAAUGUACUCAAUAUCGCCGUGCUAACGCGUCGUGAGAUGCAAUCGCCCACUAACAUGAUUCUCACCGGUCUCGCCGUGGCCGAUCUAUUCGUGAUGAUCGAGUACAUUCCUUAUGCGAUCCAUAUGUACCUCUAUCAACGGCCCCGCAGAGAUACCUUCACCUACGGUUGGAGCAUCUUCGUGCUAUUCCAUUCUAACUUCGCACAAGUGUGUCAUACGAUCUCAAUUUGCCUGACGGUUACUCUAGCAGUCUGGAGGUAUAUUGCAGUAGCAUAUCCACAGAGGAAUCGCGAAUGGUGCAGUAACAAACGCACCUGCCUAAUGAUCGCCUUCGCUUAUGUGUCCUGCCCAAUACUUUGCAUACCGCUUUACAUUAACACCGAAGUGAGACCGCAAGUGGAAAUACUAGAUGAACAGGGGAUGAGCGUCAAUCUAACAAAGCUCCAGCAGACGGUCAACAGCACAGUCGCGUCUCUCGAAGGCACGACUAACACCACGCUAUAUUUCGUGAAACUCACCGAAUCUCCAAUGAGCACUGUUCUCAAGGACAUCAACGUUUGGAUCUAUAGCGUGGUGAUCAAGCUGAUACCGUGUGUAGCGUUGACAGGAUUGAGUAUUAAACUAGUCAAGGUGUUGUUGGAGGCAAAACAAAGGCGAAAGAAACUCACUACGAAAAACACUGCAAUCAAGAUGGGUAACGGCAAGGAGCACACCUGCGAGAAACCCAAGAAAAGAAGAAAGGGCAACGAUAAAGAAAGACAGACUGACAGGACUACGAUGAUGUUGUUAGCCGUGCUCCUGUUAUUCCUCGUUACGGAGAUGCCACAGGGCAUUUUAGGAUUGCUCAGCGUUAUACUGGGCCCGAGUUUCUUCAACACGUGCUACGUGAUGUUGGGUAAGUUCAAAAUGUAUCAAAAUAAACUACAAAUAAAUACUUAA